AUGGGAAUCUCUCAUCAUUGUUUGUUGGAAACACAACUUGCAUGAAGUGCGAUGUUCUGUUUUAGUGGACAGCUCUCUGAGUUUCCACAAAUAUAUAACACUUUUAACCAGCACUGCAGUCAAGCAAGAGAACAUGUUCACUUCCCCUAAGUGUCCUUGCAACUGCCCUGUCCGCCCCAUGGACGGACAGCGGUUAAACAUGGAACCAUAUGUAGGGUUUUUUUUUUUUAGUUAUUCCUUUCACUCUGCUCUCUUUAAACGUUUAAGAUUAUAGUUAGUGUAUUUGUGCGGGGAGAACCUGUGGGAGUCAGUUCUCUCUUCCUACCAUGUGAGUCCUGGAGAUUGGUCAGGUUGUCAGGCUUAGCUGCAAAUACAUUUACCAGGCGAGCCAUCUCACCCACCCCGUUGCUGUUUUGAGAAACAAGGUCACUUCAUAAGUACAUUUAACUUGUACGCUUAGCUCUCCACCUGGCGUUGUCGGAGUUGUCCAACAAGGACAUUGGCUUUGAGAAGAGCCUCUCGAGUCCCCACAGCUGAGCACGGGAAGCCCAUCUUAGCAGUGAUCCCGGAAAUACCACAGCCUCCCAGAGUCAGCUGAGGCCUGGUGCCUUUCAGAGCACUGGCCCUUGCAGAAGUGUGUGCGGAACGGACUGGUGUCUUUCCUCCCAGAUGCUGCGUGGCUCGACCAUUGCCCAUUUCUACUACCGGGCUAUGACGUGUUUGAGUGACUGCAACCUACUUUAUACUUCUCUCCAUUCUGGGCUCCAUACAACAGCCAGCAUGGUGAUUUUAAUCAAAACCAUGAUGCCCAGCUUAAAUUACUUCCAAGAUUUCAGUAAGAAAAAGAAUACAACCACAGGGCCAGCCUGAACAAAAUGAUUCACACCAAACUCACUGUGGGCAGCCUGGGACUGGGCCUGGUCAUCAUUCAGAACGGGCCCUACCUCCAGAUUAGCCACCUCAUCAAUAAAGGAGCUGCAGCCAGUGAUGGAAUACUCCAGCCAGGUGAUGUUCUGAUUAGUGUUGGACAUGCCAAUGUGUUAGGAUAUACCCUCCGUGAAUUUUUAAAGCUUUUGCAAAAUAUCACCAUAGGAACAGUGCUACAAAUCAAGGCUUAUCGAGGCUUUAUUGAAAUACCCCAGGAAUGGAAAGACGUAUAUGAUUUAAUCCCUGAGACCAAAUUUCCAAUCCCACAGCUACUUCUAAGAGGAAAGAUGCGUUCUGGUGCUUCGGAGGCAGACAGUACACCAAAGAAAACAGAGCAGGCCAAACAGUCUUUUGAAAGCGAUGAGCAUGAAGAUACAGUUUUAGAUCACAGACUGAAGUAUUACAGGUAUCCUCGGUCAGUGUGGAAUCACCCUGUACGAAUACCGCUGUCGAUCUCCACAGAAUGGCAUGGGUAUAAGAAGAAGGACAAUACUAUUAGUGUUGGCAAAGACGUUAAGAGCGACGUAGUAAUUCACAAGGACGACGAGAAAGAACUGAGGGCACCUUCUCCAUACUGGGCAAUGGUGGAGCAAGAUGAACGCAUCUCCUCCUCCUCCUCCCCCGCUUCCUCCAUCUCUGAUGCCUUUUGGCUGGAGGAUUUUGCACAGGACAAGGAGGGCAAAGGUGAACAGGUGUCAAAGUUUGGUUAGGUAUUGGUUUGCAAAUUUGUAGCCAUAGAACUUCUUAUUUUUAAACAUCCAAUUUUUAUGUCUUACCAUGGUGUUGAUUUGUGUACUUCCUACACGACUUACCAGCCCUCCCUCCCAUGACUACAGAAACGCCUUCUUCCUUACUUCCCUGUGGUCUAAUAGGCUCCACAGACCUGCUCUCAGAGCCACCAUCAUUUGCUCAGCUGUUACAACGCCACUAGAGGAACCUGCCCAAUCAUCAGAAUGGCGGACAUUUGCCUUGUAUGGUACAGUUUUCCUUGAGGUUUUGGACUGGUUGUUUACAUUACAGCCCCGCCCACACCCUCUCAGUGAUACCUUUACCUGGAAAGUCAGGACUGAAACAAGCCAGGAAGAUAGGAGAAGGAGUCAGACACAAAAGAAACCAGAUGAGAGGACUUUCCUUAGAAAUGUACUUUUACUGUAAACGGGGCAAAAUCCAGACUGUUCAAUUGUUAUUAUCCCAAACUGAGCAAGUUUUAAAGUUGUUUUUAUUUUAAAAAGCCAUCAGUAAUAAUCUGGAAUUUUUUACUUUUAAAGCUGCUUAGCCUCAAUUUUAACAGAUUCUGAAAUUUCUUAAUUGAUGUAAUUAGUGAACUUAAUUACUCUAUUACUGUUUUCUUUAAAGCAUUUAAUAAAUACCUGUUGACUGCCUAGGAAGAGUACAAGAAAAACAUUUACAUACAAUGUUUUAUUGGCUCUAUGGCAGCUAGGAGGACUAUACUUUUAAGUUUUUUUCUUCAUUGAGAAAAAUGUUGAAUUAACAUUAAUAAUUAGGAAACCUGACUCUGAUGUGUUUGCUGGUCUGGGCUGAGACUUGGAUACAUGCAUCUGUUAUAACUCGUCAAGAAAAGGCGUAUGUCCCAAGUUUCCACUUGCUGUCAUUGACUUCUUGCCAGAAACAAACUUUUUCGCAGCCUUAAAUAAAACACAGAGAGUUAAAUGUCAUCACCAAGUAGAUAAACCAUGUACCUUGAGUUUGUGGACCAGACAUUCUAGGGCAGCAACUCUGUAACACAGCCUCCUAAGACGAUUAACCGUGAGACAGUGUUUUAUUCUGAAGGUGUACAGCAUCACAUGUGCAGCUAAGCAAACAGAAGGUCUCUAGAUGAGUACAGUCUUGAAGAAAAACCCCACCGACACUCAAAACCACGAAGAAUGGCUACUGGUAGGCUGCACGUUGGUAUUGUAAUGGUAAAAAGGCAUGAAUUAAUCAAGAUACUGUCGUUAUUCACAUUAAAGCAGACUUAUGUAAUCGAA